AUGGAAAGCCGGCAGUAGAGGAGGGGGAGUGGGGGAGAGACAUGUCAGUGCAGGGAGACCUCUCACACACACCACACUCUCAAUCACAGCCAGGCAAGUUUACCACACUCUGCCCCUCUGGGGCACCUCACUGCCAAGGAAACCUGCUGCCUCUGGGGAGAGGACUGACUCAUUGUGAGGAGCCAGGUGAGGGCAGUGUACACAUAGCGGUGACAGGUCCCCAGUGGAUGCCCAUACGUACCCCCUGCCCCCAGCCUGUCUCACCUACCUAACCGGGCACCACCACUACCAGCGGGGGCUAUGGAAAGGUUUCUGGGCUUCGUCAGGCAGAUCCGAAGAUCCAGGAGAAGGAAAGGCAAGAAGUAUCGACCUGAGGAGGAUUACCACGAAGGCUACGAGGAUGUCUAUUACUACGCUUCCGAGCAUUUCAGAAAUGAAGGUCCUUACACGAAGUCUGCUUCCCAGAUGAAAGCACCAGAUGGAUCUUUGGCUGUUAGAAGACAGAGUAUCACUGAAGAGUUCAAGGGCUCAACAAUAGUUGAAUUAAUGAAGAAAGAAGGCACCACGCUAGGGCUAACAGUGUCAGGUGGAAUUGACAAGGAUGGGAAGCCAAGAGUGUCAAACCUGCGUCAAGGAGGAAUCGCUGCUAGAAGUGACCAACUGAAUGUGGGGGACUACAUCAAAUGCGUGAAUGGCAUCAACCUUACGAAAUUUCGUCAUGAUGAGAUCAUCAGCCUACUGAAGAAUGUUGGCGAAAGAGUGGUUCUUGAAGUGGAGUAUGAGCUUCCUCCUGUGUCAAUACAAGGAUCAGGGGUGAUUUUUCGAACUGUAGAAGUGACUCUUCACAAAGAAGGUAACACAUUUGGAUUUGUAAUACGAGGAGGAGCACAUGAGGACAGAAAUAAAUCUCGUCCUGUUGUAAUAACUUGCGUUAGACCUGGAGGACCAGCUGACAGAGAGGGCACAAUAAAGCCAGGGGACAGAUUGCUGAGCGUGGAUGGAAUUCGUCUACAUGGUGCGAAACAUGCUGAAGCCAUGAGUAUUCUCAAGCAGUGCGGCCAAGAAGCUACCUUACUUGUAGAGUAUGAUGUCUCUGUCAUGGAUUCGGUGUCUACGGCAUCUGGUCCACUUUUAGUUGAAGUUGCCAAAACUCCAGGCUCCAACCUUGGAGUAGCACUAACUACCUCGAUGUAUUGCAACAAACAAGUCAUUGUUAUUGACAAAAUCAAAUCUGCAAGUAUAGCUGACAGGUGUGGUGCACUUCAUAUUGGGGACCACAUCUUAUCUGUGGACGGAACAAGUAUGGAGUAUUGCACUUUAGCAGAAGCCACACAGCUCCUAGCAAGCACCUCUGAAAAUGUGAAGCUAGAGAUUCUUCCAUACCAUCAGACCCGGUUAGCGCUAAAGGGACCUGAUCACGUAAAGGUUCAAAGGAGCAGCGAAAAGCAACUUCCAUGGGACGGCUCAGCCAACAGUCGCCACCGCCUCCUCACCAACCAACAUUAUAACACCUACCACCCUGACCAUUGCAGGACGCCAGCCAUGAAAUGCCAGAAACCACCUCCUCAAAAACUCCUUCCAGCAUUGGUAUCUUCAUCCUUCUCUCCUACCUCCAUGAGUGCUUACAGCCUGAGCUCGCUCAACACGGGGACUUUACCUCGCAGUCUCUACCCUACCAGCCCACGAGGAACGCUAAUGAGAAGGAGGUUGAAGAAGAAGGACUUUAAGAGUUCAUUGUCCUUGGCAUCAAGCACAGUUGGUUUGGCUGGCCAGGUUGUCCACACAGAAAGUACAGAAGUAGUCCUGACUGCUGACCCCAUUGUAGGAUUUGGAAUACAACUUCAGGGCAGUGUGUUUGCCACAGAGACCUUGUCUUCUCCACCCUUAAUUUCCUACAUUGAUGUUGACAGUCCGGCUGAAAGAUGUGGAGUUAUACAGGUAGGAGAUCGAGUGAUGGCAAUAAAUGGUGUCCAGACAGAGGACAGCACCUUUGAAGAAGCCAACCAACUGUUAAGAGAUGCAACCAUUGCUGGGAAGGUUACCCUGGAAAUAGAGUUUGACGUUGCAGAGUCUGUGAUACCCAGCAGUGGGACAUUCCAUGUUAAAUUACCAAAGAAACACAAUGUGGAACUUGGAAUCACCAUCAGUUCUCCGUCCAGUAGGAAAAAUGGUGAUCCUCUGGUUAUUUCAGAUAUAAAGAAGGGCAGUGUCGCACACCGCACAGGCACCCUAGAACUGGGAGAUAAACUACUUGCCAUAGACAACAUCCGGCUUGACAACUGCUCAAUGGAAGAUGCAGUUCAGAUAUUACAGCAAUGUGAAGAUCUUGUUAAGCUGAAAAUUCGCAAAGACGAAGAUAACUCAGAUGAACAGGAGAGCAGCGGAGCCAUAAUUUACACAGUGGAACUGAAGAGGUACGGAGGGCCCUUGGGAAUUACAAUUUCAGGCACUGAAGAACCUUUUGAUCCAAUUAUCAUUUCAAGCCUUACUAAAGGUGGACUAGCGGAAAGAACGGGUGCAAUCCACAUAGGGGAUCGAAUUCUAGCCAUAAAUAGUAACAGUCUGAAAGGAAAACCUUUGAGUGAAGCUAUUCAUUUACUGCAGAUGGCUGGAGAAACUGUCACUUUAAAAAUCAAGAAGCAAACAGAUGCUACUAGCCCUAAAGAAUUUACACCAUCUAGUAGAAUAAGUGAGCUAUGUGACACUGAAGAUGAUACUCCAGUUACUCAGAAGUCCAGCAACCUUUCAGAUAUUUAUUCCACCACUGUGCCAAGUGUAGACAGUGCGGUUGAGUCCUGGGAUGGCUCUGCUGUGGACACUGCUUAUGGAAGUCAAGGACCCAACUUUCAAGCCUCCGGAUUCAGUUUUAAUGCAUUUGAAUGGAGAAACCCGAAACAGAAGGGAAGUCUGUCUCCUUUGAAUAGACCAACCAAUAAUCACUUUCAGGAUACUGGACUUAGUGAUGAUGAGUGGGAUAGACCAACAGCCAGUGGAUUUAUUGGAGGUCCAGAGGAUCCAGAAGCCGAUCAAGAGGAGAAUUUCUGGUCCCAAGCACUGGAAGACCUAGAAACCUGUGGACAGUCAGGAAUUCUGAGGGAACUAGAGGAGAAAGCUGGCAGUCAGAAAUGUUCUAGGAACAUGAUUCUUUUGGCGACCAUCAUGUCCGGCAGCACACUGAGCCUGAAUCAUGAAAACUCUCAGCCUCGGGGGCAGUUGGGCCGACAAGCAAGUUUCCAAGAAAAGAGCUCUGUCAGACCACAUUACAGCCAGAAUACCCGGAGCAACACAUUACCAUCUGAUGUUGGGAGAAAAUCUGUGUCCAUGAGAAAAAUGAAACAAGAGAUGAAAGAAAUUAUGUCGCCAACUCCUGUGGAGUUACACAAGAUCUCUUUAUUCAAGGACUCAGAUAGAGAUGACUUUGGAUUUAGCGUAGCUGAUGGUCUGCUGGAAAAAGGAGUUUAUGUGAAGAACAUUCGUCCAAGUGGACCUGGAGACAUUGGGGGACUUAAGCCAUUUGAUCGCCUUCUGCAGGUAAAUCACAUCCGCACCAGAGACUUUGACUGCUGCUUGGUUGUUCCCUUAAUAGCAGAAUCUGGUAACAAACUAGAUCUGGUCAUUAGUAGGAAUCCAAUUGCUUCUCAGAAGGAGGCCAGCGAUGGCUCAAGCCUUCCUGCAGGAGAAUGGACUGAUCACGCUGACACCUUUCCUCAACCAACCAGUGGACGGCUAGCAGCUAUGGAUAUAAGAGACUCAACAAGUACAUUAUAGCAAAAAUUAUUUUUAGUCCAAUGACUUGGUAGCAAAAAUCAAAAAAUAUACAAACUGGUGCUAAAUCCCUGUCAUAUGACUGAUCUGUGACGUUUAAGACACAGAUGUCACUCUGGGGCUUUACUGUUAAGCACAGGGGAUCUAAAACACUAGGUAAAUGAAAGAUACUCCGAGCACCUGUCAGGAGUAACACACACUGCUAUGUCGAAACUUCUCCGAAUAAUAGUGCCAUUCCAAGCUUAGCCUUGAACAAAUAUGGGGCUUUUGUGACGUGCAAUGCCCGUGGACUAGAGGGAAACUCCAUCCUUUUAAGAAGACCCUUGCAAUGAAUGAGCCUGUUGCAUCUUUUAGCUGCUAAGACUUUAAGCAGAAUUUUUUUUAAAGCUAAGUUUUAGAUAACUUCUCCCCGUUCACCCUGACAAUGGUAUGUCCGAUUGUCAUCCUUUUAAGCAGACCUCUGGUACACGUGCUCCCUGUACUGUGUGUGGUUUAGUCUUAAGUUAACCCUCUACUUGAUUCUUGCAGUAAGGUCUUCAUUAGUUUGUAUCUGUUUUUGGGCUGCUAUUUAAAUUGAUAUUAAAGAUUCUAACAUAGCAUUGGUUAAAGAUUUUUAGAAUUUUUUGGCGCCUGAAGUCAUUUGUUUCAUAUUUCAAGUCCUUGGCCUUUUUAGACGGUGUCCGAGGCAUCUCCGGUGAAGACGUUUAACCCAAGCACUGGUGUUUGUGUAGUAUAAAUAAGGUUUAGCAUCAAGCCGUUUCCUCUGCCAUCCUCACUGUUGUUUUAGAAGUGUACAUGUGUUAAAGAGCUGUGCCAGUUGUCUAUCCCUGGAAGCAAUAACAUGGUUCCUAUUUUGAUUGGAUACUCACCAGCAGCUCUGUUUGCGAUACUUAGCAAUGGCAUCUGCUGAGCAGGAGGGGAUCCAGGAAGCCUCCAUCUUGUGUGUUUGAAUCUUCGCACUACAGUCUUUUUUGGUACAGCUACAUGGAUAAAUUAUUCUAACCUGUGCAAACAUAAGGUUUUAAAACACUGCCAGUCAAAAUAUGAAGUGAACUAAUACAGUCAAAUGGGAGAAAAGAAAAUCAUUUAUCAUAAGUCAAUUAAAUAUGUAUUUUUAUUUGUAACAAACAAGUAUUAAACUGUAAAGUAUUUUUGUACAAAUUUAAUACUUUAAUAGCAUGAAAUCUAUUGUCUUAUGUAUGGUUUUGGGAAAUAAACCUGUUGAAACUUUGUAUGGAACAAUCAUACUGUAAAAACUGAAUAAACAAUGCUGUAAAAACCAAUUCCAUGCCAUAUUACUAUAAAGUGCAAACAUGAUUCAUGGACCCACUUAGAUUCCACAUCUGAAUAGCUGCAUAUAAGAAAACUAAAAAUGGCAUACUGGGGAAACAUUUCUACAUUACAAAGAGCUCAGGGUUCGAAAUGAGCGAAGUUACCGUGAUUCGUCACGAACUUCUUGGCUCGGCAGUUGCUGACUUUAGCCUGUAUAAAUGAGUUCAGCAUUCAGGUGCUCCGGUGGGCUGGAGACUCUCUCCUAGGACUCUAUCCACCUUUUCCAGCCCACAGAGCACCUGAACUAAUUUAUACAGGCUAAAGCCAGCAACUGCCGAGCCGAGAAGUUUGUGACGAAUCGAAUCACUGUAACAUCACUCAUCUCUACUCAGGGUGUCAGAGAGAAUGUGCCAGUGCUGUUCCCUGUUCUCCAUUUUGAUGUAUAAGAUCGCUGGUUGAAGAGGUGACCUCUAGGUGUUGGGAUGGACACAGAAAGCGCUGACAGAGGGGAAACAGCAGCAGGUGACUAUGCUCCCUCCCCCACAAACUUUUUUUAUUGUAAAAAUAUUUUUCUGAAAUAUCCGAAUUAGAGAUGAGCGAACUUACAGUAAAUUCGAUUAGUCACGAACUUCUCGGCUCGGCAGUUGAUGACUUUUCCUGCAUA